GGCAAGUGCAGUUGCAAAACGUGUUCAGUUUGGACGUGGGAAUGUUUGUUAGCAUACUUGCCUUUAGAAGAGUGUUUCGGACAAAAGAGAAUGCUGUAAUCAGUCUGAUGAAUGAGAACACAUAGCCACACCGAAGCAGAACCCUGCACCCAUUCUAAGAUGGAGGAGCUAGCUGUGUUGGACUUAUUGGAGUGCCCGCUGUGUUUAGAGCGGCUGGAUGUUUCAGCCAAGGUCCUGCCUUGCCAGGAUACCUCCUGGAAGCCCAGCCUGCAUCAACAGGAGACCUCCAGGCCCGGGGCCAAGAUUGAGCUCCGCUGCCCAGAGUGUCAUACCCUGGUCCAGGCCAGGUCGGUGGAGGAGCUGCCCCCUAACCUCCUGGUUCGGCUCUUGAAGGGGCUCAACCAGGGGUCCAUGGGGCCAGGACGGGACAGGAACAAACCGUCUGCCCGAUAUAUGGUAUCCUCUGCCAGGGGCAGGGAGGCCCAGCAGCAGAAACAACAACAACAGAACCCACAGUCUGAUCAGCAGCACAGAGAGCGGCAGCAUGGAAAGAAUGAGGUGAAUAGCCUAUAG